AUGCGAGCACAACACUGGUCACUGGAAGCCCAUGACAUUGGCCCCGUUUCUCCCGCCGGGCGCCAAUCCGCGGCUUUAUACUCGGCGCUAACCCCGCCCCCGACGUCAACAAUCUCGCGGCCCAAUCACAGCGCGGUCUCCGCGGGCCCAGGCCCGCCUCCACGUAAUCCGUGGGCGGUGCCCGUCACGUUCGCCCCGCCGCGCCGCGCCUCUCCGCCCACCCAAUCCCCGAGCGCGCCCGCGGCCUCGGUCCCGCCCCCUCCCGCGCCCCGCCCAAUCAGCGUCCGCCCCUUUCGCGGCGGGCCGGGCCGGGCCGGGCCGGCGUCCCCGCUUCGGCAACAUGUGGAGGCGCUGCUGAAGCAGGCGCUGGGCUGCGGCUCCGUGAGGGCCACCGGCCACUCGGGGGGCGGCUGCAUUAGCCAGGGCCAGGCUACGACACGGGACCGAGGGCGUGUGUUCGUGAAAGUGAACCCGAAGGCGGAGGCUAGAAGAAUGUUUGAAGGGGAGAUGGCAAGUUUGACUGCCAUCCUGAAGACAGGCACGGUGAAGGCACCCAAGCCCAUCAAGGUCCUUGAUGCUCCUGGAGGUGGCAGCAUGCUGGUGAUGGAACACGUGGACAUGAAGUAUCUGAGCACUCAUGCUGCGAAGCUUGGAAGCCAGCUGGCAGAUCUACACCUAGAGAACAAGAAACUUGGAGACACGCUCCAUAAGGAGGCCAGCACAGUGGGAAAAGGUGGCAGGUGGACACGUCCUUCCGUGGACAAGUUUGGGUUUGAUGUUGUGACGUGCUGUGGAUACCUCCCCCAGGUCAAUGACUGGCAGGAGGACGAGGUGGCAUUCUAUGCCCGGCAGCGAAUUCAGCCCCAAAUGGACAUGGUGGAAAAGGGGUCAGGGGACAGAGAGGCCCGUGAGCUCUGGGCUGCUCUACAGUUAAAGAUCCCUGAUCUGUUCCGAGAUCUGGACAUUGUCCCAGCCCUGCUGCAUGGCGACCUCUGGGGAGGAAACGUAGCAGAAGAUUCCUCUGGACCUAUUAUCUUUGACCCUGCUUCUUUCUAUGGCCAUUCAGAGUAUGAGCUGGCAAUAGCUGGCAUGUUUGGGGGAUUUAAUAGCUCCUUCUACUCUGCCUACCACAGCAAGAUCCCCAAGUCCCCGGGAUUUGAGAAGCGCCUUAAGUUAUAUCAGCUCUUUCACUAUUUGAACCACUGGAAUCACUUCGGGUCCGGGUAUCGCGGCUCUUCUCUCAACAUCAUGAGGAAUCUCCCUCAAGUGAAUUCACAUUUUCAGUGGAAGGCCACUGGGUAUGGGAGUUCUUCCAUUCCUUUAUGCACCUGGGACGUUUUCAGCUGAACUAGAAAAGUAUAUAAUAUCUCAGAAAAAAGGCCUUACCAUCCUAAAAUUGUACAUUUUGUUAGACUUCAUGGCAGGUUAAAACACCACAC